AAGUCAAAUAGCAAACAAAAUCAGUGAAAAAUGUCCGCCAAUAAAUCCAAAGGAUGGUUCAAGUCGGCUUUCGAUGACGAAAUGACUCCAACGGUCAAGCGAAGCGCAUCGACUGGCGGGGAACCUUCGACCAAACUGGUCAAGAGGAGUAGUUUUGGUCAGAACUCCUCCCUUCCGAGAUUGGUGCAGAUCGAUUGGUCCGUUGAUCUAGCACCGAAAACCGUUGGAGAUUUGGCGGUUCACCCGAAAAAGCUCGAAGAAGUGCAGCUGUGGUUCAAGACCUACGACCGACUGAAGGGUACCGAUCCGGUUACCAUCCUGCUGAUCUCCGGACCGGCAGGGUGCGGCAAAACUAUCACGAUAAAAACGGUUGCCACGGAGCUCGGGUACGAAAUAGCCGAAUGGACCACUCCGGUAGAUGUGGAUCUGUUCUAUCGUGAUAAUUACGAUUUCGAUAAUGGUACCAAGGAGGAAACAACUUAUCGGGAAGGCCAGAAGGAGCAGUUUGAUGCGUUCCUAUACAAGACAUCCAGGUAUUGUUCGAUUUUCGAAGGUGGAUCGGACCAGAAGCUGUUGCUGGUGAAAGACAUUCCUAACGUGUUCCUGCGGGAUCCGGAAGUACUUCGCACUUCGCUGGAAGCCUACCAGGAUACGGGCGCGUCACCGUUGGUUUUCAUCGCCACUGAUACGUCGAGCAAAAAGCUGGACAUGGUGUUCAAUCUGUUUCCUCCGGCCGUAUUGCAAGACUUCCGCAUCCAUCACAUCACGUUUAACAGUGUUUCGACGACGUUGAUGAAGAAAGCACUCAAAAGGAUCACCUCGCUGAUGGUCGGACCGGAAAUGACCCGACACUACCGAGUGCCGUCCCAAGAAAUGAUCGACAGCAUAAUCCUGUCGUCUCAGGGAGAUCUGCGUAGUGCAACGUUGAAUGUGCAUUUUGCUUCGCUGAAAAAUGCGCCACGGUUGGAAACCGAGACGGUUGGAGUGCUGAACACAUCCGGUGUACGAACCGGAAAGGGUAGAAAAAAGGAGACCAAGCUCAAGUCGGUCGGAGGUGAUGAAAGCAUCACACUGAUGCACGCCCUCGGGCGGGUGUUCAAUCCAAAAUUCGUUCCAGGUGAAGGCAAAGCGGAAAAGUUUCAUCACUGCCCGGAGGAUCUCACGGAUGCGUUCGUUUCCCAACCGAGUUCGAUGAUAUCGCUGGUCCACUCCAACUACGUGGUGCGCUUCACCGAUAUUGACGACAUAGCCGGGGCGGCCGAUGCGCUCAGCUUGUCCGAUGUGAUCAUGACCGGUUGUUUCCGGGAGGAUCAAUUGACUGGCCAUGGGCUGAAUUUGGUGGUGCGGGCUAUGAUGGUACACAAUCGGAAAACGGCCAGUGGGUGGCAGCAGAUUCGCAAAAAGAAGGCCUACGCUAAACCGAGUGUCAGCAACCAUGAGCAGCAAUUGAAAAAGUGGGGCCUGGAAACUUCGUCCAUCUCGGCUGGCCUGUUUGUGACGGAUUACAAAAAGUAUCUGGACAUAAUUAAGGGUCCCUAGGAGGGUAUGAUUUAGGUUGUUAGUAUUGCGCAUUGUAAGGAAGUUUUUAUUUAUAUGUUGUGCGCCAACUUUUAUAAAACUAUGGUUUUAAUUUUUGGUGUCUUCGGCACACUUCGGCUCAAGGAACACAUAAAAAAUUUCUUGCGAUUCGCAAUAUUUAUGUUGGCAGA